AUGCCUGGUCGCUCUGCUCCCCGUGCCAGCACGGCAGAAGUCAUGAGUGCACCACUCGAACUCCCUCCCUAUGAGCCUCAGAUAGCACCCCUCACAGCCAACGCAAAACUCAAGGUUGAUUCAGUGAUUAAAUCCUUACACUCGCGCCAUUUAAAGAUCCAUCUGAACCAUGCAGCCGGUGCGCUGUCAGAGACUGUCGGGGACACCAACGAUAGGUUAACAGAGGCAAAGACCCGCUUAGAGAAAGUAAAGAGGCGGAGGCGAGAGAAGGAGGAAAAGCGAUUGAGGGAAGUGGGAGAGGAAGGCAAUGGGCAAGAAAAAGAACUAAAUGAAGGAGAAAGGGAUAAUGCCGAACGAGAAUCAGAGACUAUUGCAGAGAGAGAGGAGAAGCUAGCUCGGUUUGAGCAGCUGGUUAAGGGGACCACACGAAAGCUGGAAAGGGGGAUGCGGAGCAUUGUUGACUGUGAGGUACAGGUUGAUAAUAUGCUGGAUAUUUUGACAGAGCUGCUGGAGAGCAAUCCGACGGAGACACAGAGAGAACCACAAUUGAGAGCUCGGCGCUUGCGAAGGAACCGGGAUGAAGAUGAAGAUACCAAUAUGGAUGAUGAAGAAGGGGAUAUGGAAGCAGAACCACCUGCAGCAGUGGAAGUUAUACCGGCAUCUCGUACGAUUGUGGAGGGAUUAGCAGAGAAGAAUAGAGAAUGGGAGGCGUUAUCCCUUGUGCAGAGAUACGGCACCAAUAACAGCUACAAACAAUUCUACCGCGUUCUUCACGAAUCUAAGCACUCUGGCGUUGAGGUUCCCCCUUUGCCACCUCCAUCUGUCUGGUUUCAAUCUUCCGAUACCUCACGAGAACCCGGUAGCCAGAGAAGAAAGCGUAAAAGGAAGCAUACCGUCCCUGCCCAUGGCGUUGACGGUACUGUUGAUGAAGAUGGCGCCGAUGAGGACGACCAACAGGCCCUAUCUCCGCGUUAUGAUGACGGAGAAGAGCGAGACCAAGAGGACGAGGAUGAGGCAGAUGAGGAAGAUGAAGAACCUACCCAAGAGGCCACACAGGACGCACGCUCAGACGACGAAAUAGCGGUUAGGUCCGAGAAGUUCUCCAUCACCUGUCCACUGACUCUACAGCUCUUCAAAGACCCGGUCAGCAGCACCAAAUGCCCACACAGCUUUGAACGGUCUGCUAUUGAGACCAUGAUAAGCCGCAGUCGUCAGAAUACGUUUGUACCAGAGUCUAGUAGCAGUUCCCGAGGGCGAAACAUGCGCUACGUUAAGUGUCCUGUUUGCAACGUGUCGAUUACUCUUAGGGAUCUAAGGACGGAUCCGGUAUUAGUACGAAGGGUGAAGAAGGCUGGACGUAUAGCUGCUGAGGAGGAAGAGAGCGAUGACGACGAUGCAGAAGGCCAUGAGGAUGUGGAGAUGGGCGAUGAUAGUGUCAUGGUGAAUGGGAGCAGGGCAGCUAGAGGGGGAAGGGAGGUAGUGGUAAAGAGCGAGAGAGUGAGGUCACCGUCUCGUAUUCCCGAUACACAGAUAGACGACUGA